AUGACGACAAUGAAAGCCGUGGUCAUCCACAAGGCGGGCGGCCCAGAAGUGCUCAAGCUCGAGACACUCCCCAUCCCCACUCCCAAGAGCGAUGAGGUCCUCAUCAAGGUCAAGGCGUUUGGCCUCAACCGCUCCGAGUUCUUCACCCGACAGGGCCACAGCCCCGGAGUCCAAUUCCCGCGCGUCUUGGGAAUCGAGGCGGUCGGGGUCGUGGAGAAUUGCCCCAAUGGCCGCUGGAAGGUCGGUGAUCGACUGGCGACGUGUAUGGGAGGUAUGGGUCGGGAUACUGACGGUAGUUAUGCUGAGUAUACCUGUGUCAAGGCGGAUAAUGUGCAGCCCAUCAAUCACGACCUGGACUGGACCACUUUAGGGGCGCUACCUGAAAUGCUGCAGACGGCUUGGGGCUCUUUGUUCAUUGCUCUGCAGCUCAAGGCAUCCGACCACUUGUUGGUUCGUGGUGGGACAUCUUCUGUUGGUCUGGUGGCUGCGGCCAUUGCCAAGAAUCAUGGUUGUUUUGUGGCUGCCACGACACGAAGCUCGAGCAAGGAGAGCGCCGACGUUCUGCGAAAGAAUGGUGUUGAUCAGGUCAUCAUCGAUGACGGUAAUAUGGCGGCGCAGGUACAGGGAAAGAAGUUCGAUAAGAUCCUAGAGUUGGUGGGCACAACCACUCUGAUAGAUUCGUUGUCGUGUGCCGCUCCAGGUGGGAUUGUCUGCAUGACGGGUAUUCUUGGUAAGUCACGAUCCUUACUAGACAAGCUCGUCAUUGAGAACCUAACAUGUUUUCCAGGAAACAUUUGGCAUCUUGAUGGCUUCAAGCCCAUGGAAGCAAUACCCAGCCAGGUCUACCUGACGAAAUAUAGUGGUGGACCAAAGGAAUUCCAAGAGAUGCCGUUCAAUGACUUGUUGGGACAAGUUGAAACCGGAACCCUCCGUGUUGAGGUCGGGAAGGUGUUUCGUAUUGAUGAGAUCAAGGACGCCCAUGACACCAUGGACAAAAAUCUUGCUCGUGGCAAGAUCGUUGUAUUGACAUGA